UUCCUCACUACUCUCUCUCUCUCUCUCUCUCUCUAAUUUUCUCUCUCUAGCUGUAAAUCAUCAGUGUAAAAUUAAAUGGCUCGAUUAUUAUUAUCUUCAGUAGUAGUGGGGCUAAUCGUCCUAUUUUCCGCCGGCUUUUCGGAAGCCAGAGACUACCUCGUCGGCGGGAAGGCCGACGCCUGGAAGAUCCCUACUUCAGAUGCCGAUUCUCUCAACCACUGGGCUCAGAAUUCUCGCUUCCUCAUCGGAGAUUCUUUAGUGUGGCAAUACGAUGCGGCGACCGAUUCGGUUCUGCAAGUGACGAAGAGAGAUUACGUCACCUGCAACACGUCAAGCCCGAUCGAAACAUACACCGGCGGCCAGACGAAGGUCAAGCUCGAGCAAUAUGGUCCCCACUACUUCAUCAGUGGGGCCCAAGGCCAUUGCGAGAAGGGUCAGAAGUUGAUUGUCGUCGUUAUUUCAGACAGGCAUCACCGCCACAUUGCGGUUUCUCCGGCGCCUUCCCCGGCGGAAUCUGAUGGUCCGGCGGCUGCUCCGGCGCCGGCGCCGGCCAGCGAUGCCCGGAGUUUGAGUGGAGGUCUCUUCUUGACAGUAGCAUUGGGGGCGGUAUUGGGCUUAAUAAUGUGAGGAUUUUAUUUUUAUUAUGUGUAGUGGGGUCCACAAAAUUAGUUUAUUCUUUUAUUUUUCUCUCUCUGUGUGUGUAAUUGAGAUUACAUGUCUCUCUCUCUAGUUAUUGAGAUUUUAUCUAAUAUUAUUUAUUUAUUUAUUUAAAGGACCUUUUGAUUUGCAAU